AUGAAGAGCGAGUCCACAGCAGCAACUCCUUCGCAGCACCUGCCACUUUGCGACCUGGGCUUUGGACCAUUUGCAUGCUUUGUCACUCUGAAGCCAUGCAAAGCAGCACACAUCAGUACCAAUUCCUCAGAUUCUCUGGAGAUUGAAAAUUCAGAUGAAGCGAGGGGCAAUGGCGGCAAUGCCCAACAGCUGCUCAUUGUUCAGGAUGAUCAUCAGAAGGGCGCAAACUCACUGGAUGCUUCGAACUCCACCAAACACAAGCGACACCUCUACCAACUCUCGGACAACGACUCCCCAUCCCUGCAAAGCUUCAGCAGUGGUGGCAGUAGCCCAAGCUCAGCACGACCACGACGACGCCAAGGCCAAGGCGUGCCAGCGCGGCACCUCACAGGAGAUACAGGGAAGGGCCUUUUGAAAGACGCCUCCAAGACAUCAAUACACCACAGUGGCCACAGCGGCCAUAGUGCCCACAGUGCCCACAACAUCAAUCGUGAGCAUUCUUCCUGGAAGCACGAAGGUGCCAAGACGCAUCCCCCUCAUUUGCACGUAACGGGGAACGAUGAAGCAGAUCAGCAGCUUCUGCUCGAUGCCUGGCACUCGUGCCGACUGAUGGAGGCAAGCCGCUUGGUCCAGAAGUCCCGCUCGUCUAAGCGGCACUUUCAUGAGAUUCUGGACGAAUCUGCAUUGGAAGUCAUUCACCGGGUGGAGGCCAGCUACAUGCAAUCUUUGGACGAGCUGGUGCAAGAGCCUGGAAGUGGCUGGAUGAAGGAUCGCGAUGAGAAGCGUGAUCUGGACAUGGCCUUCAGGUUAACUCACGACACACUGCAAGCUGUGGCGACGACUGUCUGCCCUGGCUUCAGCCUCAUCGACACUUUUGAUGCCUUGCGCGAAUAUGUUCAACAAGAUGAGUACAACGACGACACGUACGUGGGGCAGCUGGACAACGAGCUGCUGCAGGAUUCAUUGCUCCACGUUCGUCGAUCUGGACACGGAGAUGUUGAAGACAACAUCCUCCACUUCAGCUGCAUGGAUGCCUUGGACGAACCACUUGGUGCGUUGUGGCUUUCCAGCUACACGCCGCCCUUCAAGCGUUCACGGAAUGCCAGAACCUUUCGGGGUGUUCCUUUACCCAAGCCUCAGACAGGUGCUGUGCGCUUGGCAUUUUGGCGAAGCUCCUUCGCGAUUGCUCCAGUGUGGGGCAGCAAUGACUCGACGGCUCCCAAUGCGAGCCCUUCCGUCAGAGUCACUUACGCGGUUGCCCGACGACCAUCAUCCGCCGCCUGCAUUUUCCCAAGCAUAAUGCACCGCGAGGUCAGUAACAGGCUGGCCAAGUUCAAGGACUUCCUACAAGGGCGCGAACAACGCGGGGAUUGUGAUGCGUACCAACGUAUCGAGAGGCACCUUCUGGAGUGUGCACCCAACGCAUCUCGCAAUGAUGAGGUGUCUUUUCAGGAGCUGGCUGCUCUUCUCCCCGAGGAUUGGGCAGACUACCAUGACGCCGAGCAUGUUAACGACUUUCGCUGA